AUGGUGCACGCCGGCGAAACCACCCACGUCCUCCUCGUCCCGUACCCAGCCCAGGGCCACCUGAACCCCAUCCUCCAGUUCGGCAAGCGCCUCGCGGCCCACGCCGGCGUCCGGUGCACUGUCACGGCGACCCGGUUCGUCGUCGGCUCCACGAAGCCCUCCCCGGGCUCGGUGCGCGUCGCCGUCUUCUCCGACGGCUGCGACGUCGGCGGGCCCGCCGAGCUGGGCGGCCACGAGGGCCCCUACUUCGAGCGGCUCGAGGCGGCCGGGUCGGAGACGCUGGACGAGCUCCUCCGGAACGAGGCGGCGCAGGGCCGCCCCGUGCGCGUGGUGGUGUACGACACGUUCAUGCCGUGGGUGGUGCCCCUGGCGCGCCGGCACGGCGCCGCGUGCGCCGCGUUCCUCACCCAGACGUGCGCCGUGGACGUCGUGUACACGCACGCGCGUGCCGGGCGCGUGCCCGUGCCGAUGCGCAAAGGGGAUGCGGCGCUCGAGCUCGCCGGGCUCCAGGUCCGCCUCGCCGCCGACGAGGUGCCGGGGGUGCUGACGGAGGCCGGCGACGAACGCACUGCCCUGCGCAACAUGCUGAUGAACCAGUUCGCGGGGCUGGACAAGGUGGACCACGUCCUCGUCAACUCCUUCCACGACCUCGAGCCGCAGGAGGCAGAGUACCUGGCGUCGACGCUGGGGGCGCGGACGAUCGGCCCGACGGUGCCGUCGGCGUACCUGGACAACCGCCUCCCCGACGACGUCUCCUACGGCUUCCACCUGCACACCCCGAUGACGGCCGUCACCAAGGCGUGGCUGGACGCGCACCCGCCCCGCUCCGUCGUGUACGCCUCCUUCGGAAGCAUCGUGGCGCCGGGGCCGGACCAGAUGGCCGAGGUCGCCGAGGGCCUCUGCGGCGCCGGCAGCAGCCCCUUCCUGUGGGUGGUCCGCGCCACGGAGACCGCCAAGCUGCCCGAGGCCUUCGCGGCGACGGCGAAGGCGCGGGGCGACCUCAUCGUGCCGUGGUGCCCGCAGCUGGAGGUGCUGGCGCACCCCGCCGUGGGCUGCUUCGUCACCCACUGCGGCUGGAACUCCACCGUCGAGGCGCUCAGCGCCGGCGUGCCGAUGGUGGCCGUGCCGCAGUUCUCGGACCAGCCCACCAACGCCAAGUACAUCGAGGACGUGUGGCGCGUCGGCGUCCGCGCGCGCCCGGACGCCGGCGGGGUGGUGCGAAAGGAGGAGGUCGAGAGGUGCGUAAGGGAGGUGAUGGGCGGCGAGGGCACGUACAGGAUCAAGGCGGCGGAGUGGAGGAAGAAGGCCAAGGCGGCCGUCAGCGACGGCGGGAGCUCCGACAGGAACAUCGCCGACUUUCUCUCCAAAUAUCGCGCGCCAAAAUGA